CAAAAGCAAUUUAAAAUGCGUGCGCAAAACCCCCAAUCGAUAAAUAAUAUGCUUAUACAUGUUCCUCUGCUACACUAAUGUUAUUUCAAUCAAGGCGUUGACGGCAGUAGGACGUUGGCAAUGAUGAGUGAAGAAACUGUUUGGGGGCAGAAUAUGCAAUUAGUACCUCUUCAAGGACAAGGAAUACACAAUGAAGUUCGAAUCGUUCUUCUUGGAAAAACAGGAGUUGGUAAAAGUGCAACUGGUAAUACCAUACUAAAUGCAGAAUGCUUUGAAUCUAAAAAAUCGCCUGCAUCCGUAACCUCAAAAUGUUCCGAAGGGUAUACGCAGCGAUUUGGAAGAACUAUUCAGGUAGUUGAUACACCGGGACUAUUAGACACUAAACUCUCCGAAAAAGCGCUUAAAGAGGAACUUUCAAGAUGUAUAGGACUGUCUUCGCCUGGUCCACAUUGCUUUUUACUUGUUAUGGAAAGUACUAGAUUUACAUCUGAGGACGAAAACUGUAUAAACCAAUUCGCAGAUAUGUUUGGAAACAAUUUUUUUCAUUAUGCCAUCAUUGUGUUUACAGGGAAAGAUGAUCUUGAUCGCGUAAAAAAGACAAUCCGGAACUAUUUAGAAGAAGCCGGAGAAAACCUCCAGAAUCUUAUUGAAAAAUGCAAUGAUCGUUAUAUUGCUUUUAAUAAUAUUGAUAGAAAUUCAAGUGGGGAAAAGCAAGUGGAAGAUCUUCUGGAAAUGAUUAAAGACGUAGUCAGUCAAAAUAAUGGACGUUUUUACACCAAUAAGCUUUAUGAACAAGCUGAGAAGCACAUACAAAAAAUGGAAAAAGAAAUUAUUGAGGUGAGAAAUACAGAAAAGAAAGAUGAAACUGAAAAAAUGGAAAAAGAAUUGUCAAAGAAAAACUUAAGUCCUGAAGAAAAAAAACGGGAAAGAAAAGAAAAAUUAAAACAGAUUGAAGAUAAAUAUGCCAAACUACCGGAUCCACGCCACGAAGUUAGAAACGAUCUUUCAGGGGAUGGAGGUUUUUUUCUCGGUGUGCUUAUCGGUGUUUUGGGGACUUUAACGAUGAUGGGGUUUUUGGUACUUAAACUAGCGAGCAUGUUCAAACCAAGUUAGAAACGAUCUUUCUGGUGAUGAAAGUUUUAUUUCUCGGUAUGAUGAUCGGUGUUUUGGGGACUUUAGCGUUAAUGGGAGUUUUGGUAAUUAAACUAGUGAGCAUGUUAAAAAUAGAAAAAUAUUCGAAUAUUUUGUUUGAGAAAGCAUGAAACGGGAUCAUUUAUGUUCAAACAAAAUAAAACUACAAAUGCUACAUGUACCAUGUGGUUUAUUUGCAUAGCAAAGGACUGUUGUUGCCUCAGAAACCUAAAAUUACGUUUAAGCUAACUUUGAUAAAUUAAAUGUAUAAAGUAAACAUGAAAUAACUAUUAAAUCCACUGUAGUGUUGUGUUGUUUUACCCGGUUUUUGUGUCUUUGUAAUGUGUGAUCACUGGAACAAUUUAUUCUUUUUAAAUGACAUAUUUUGACGAUGUAUAUUUGUACAUAAAAUGAUUUAUACUAUUUAUUUAGAAAUUAAAAAAAAAAACCGAGAAUUUAAAAAAAAAUGCAUUUGCCCCUAUACAUGUAUGGCUAAUCAAAAUAGGUUGUCCUUCUAUAAAUAUUGUUUAGGUCCGUUGCUAUAUAGUUUAAAUUUGUGUAUGCUAAUGCAAAAUCCUAUAAAUGUUAAUUACGUACACUGUAUACUUAACAACAACGUAUCAUUAUUUACGCUAGAAAUAAAGACUAAUAAAUGGAUAAAAAGUUCGUAUUUAUUUCACACGCAUAUAGAAGUUGCAUGUUUAUAAUGUUUUUGACCAAAAACGAGUCAGUUUGUCAGUCCUCUUUUUUUGUAAGUGCUACUCCUUUCAAAAAACUGCACGGAAGUUUGUGAGACUUUGGGGGUAUGUUGAAAACAAUAUGUAUACUCUGUCCCAUGAUAUCCUGAAUUCACAUUUGGCUUAAUCGCGUGAUAUUUAAAACUACCUUAGGGUUCAAACGAUGUUCAUUGAAAAGUGUGAAAAAUUUCAAAGAUUUCUCGGUCGAAACGCCCCUGUUAGCUUAUCAUGUUUCAAUACAAUGCUAAGAAAUGUAAUGUCUACGGAGAUUUUGUAUGGCAGCAAGCCCGGAUGAUAACGUUGAACAAUUGCGCGAUGUAUUCCGAGUGUAUUCCGAAUGGAAAAAGAUGUAAACAUUCCCCAUCAUAAAUCUCCGUAAGGAAUCUGUUUUCGUUCCUGUGAAUUUUUCCGAGUGAAAGAUGAUGUGUGAAUGAAAUUAUCUUGGAAAGUAUCCUUUUCAGCUUUUUCAAUUGCACUUGUUUCUCAAGUAUGUGUAUUUUUAUUAAACAUUGUCCAAAUGUGCUGCAUAUAUAUCUAGGGACAGACUAUAGAUGUGAGUAGUAUGAAGGGGGACAUUAUACCCCACUUUUAGAGGUGCAAAUUUGAGGUGCAGUGUAGACCAGGAAGGUAAUUAGCGUAGCAGGAAGUUGAUAAGUAGUAUUAAUGCGAUGAUUAGAAUGAUGAACAACGUUUCUUCGUUAUUUAUUUGAUUUCAUUUGAUUUAUGAAGAUAUCCAACACAAUUAGCACACUGUGGUUAAUUAUAUGAAUUGGUGAUAAAAAAAAAUGAUUUUGAUAAAGAUGAUAAAGUGUGUAAGAUUUUUAAAUGAAGUGAUAAUAAUUAACAUUCCUUACGAGACCAUUCUGACUUUAUGUGUGAGGAGAAGAGGCCAAGAUCUACACAUGCGAGCCCCCACACCUCCACCAGUCGUUCCAGCGCCACAACCAGCACCAUUCUGCCGCUCAACCAGGCAGAGGCGCCCACCCACUAGACUGUCAUAUUAAAAUGAUCUUAUCAUGAUAA